AUGAUAAUCUAACCAUUGCAAUAAUUAGUUUUCAUAAACAAAGAUAAAAAUAAUUUUUAAGGAUUGAAUUCCUAACAAAGAAAUAAUUAUAUAGAAGUUCAUUAAUUUACUACAGGUAGAAAAUACUAAAAACCAAAAAAAUUCUAAACUCAACUUCCAUAAAUCGUAAAAGAUGAUACAUAAUAUGAAUUUAGAAUGUUUCAUCAUGUUUAAAAUAUGAAAAGUGCUCACUAUUAAUCUAAAUAUACAUUGUCAAUGGGAAGCAUUCCUAAUCUAAUUUUGCAUACAUAUUUUGAUUAAAUUGUAUUUUAUGAUAUGGCUAAGUUGAAAUCAGAAUCAACUAGAAUAUCACUUGAAGCAAUAGGAUUAGAUGUUUUUGAUAAUAUUUGUGCUGUUGCUGGAAUGAAUGGAGAUCUUUUGAUAAUUAAUUUAUACAAUGGAAACCUAUAUAAAUAGACCAUAAAUUCAAAAAGACAUUUUAUCAACCAUGUACAUUUCUAUCAUAAUUAUCUUAUCACUAAUGAUAAUGGUGGAUACAUUAAGAUAUUUGAUUAUUAAAAUGGACUCAAAGAAAUAUUCUCAUAUGAAGAUAAAGCUUCAGUCAAUCUUACAACUGUUAAUGAGAAUAAAUAAUUAGCAUAUUGUGGUGAUAGACUAGGAUUAAAUGUUUUAGAUGUUCUAUCAGGUUAAAUGAUACAUACAUUGGAUCCACAUAAUGAAUUUGGUUUUGCUGUAGCAUUUAAUCCCUGUAAAAGUUAUGAACUUGCAUCAUCAAGUGAGGAUGGAUCAGUUGUCAUCUAUGAUUUGCGUUCUCCAAAACAUCCACUUUAAUAAUUUAUUGGAUCAGAUUUCCCAAUAUACAAUGUAACAUAUUAGCUUAAUGGAUCUCAUUUAUUUAUGGCUGAAUCGAAUUCCUAUUUGCAUAUAUUGAAUACGUAAAAAAUUGAUUUAUUAAUUAGUACUCUUUAUGAUACUGUUUAAACUAUUAAAGUAUAUGGAGAAGUCUCAGGAAUAGUUAAUGAUGUUUAUGAUGAAAAUAGAUUCUAUUUUAGUACAAGCUGUCAUUAUGGUGAUGGAAUUUGUGAAUUUGCUAAAUGA